AAAAAAAAAAAAAAAAAAAAAAAAAAGAUUUAGAACCUCCCUGGAAAAUGGGAAAACUCUUAAAAUAAAAAAAAACGACUUUCAACCCUUGAAAAAUCUCAAGGCCGCCCUUCCUCAACUACUUCAUUGAUUCCAAUAGUAAGAAAUUCCUUUAUUAAAGGAUCUUCAUUCCUAUAUAAAGUCAUCACCUCUUUCGUCAUCCUCUCAUUCAUUUCAUUCAUUUUACAAAUCUUUUCAUACACUUUAGCUUUUAAUAUAUUUUCAAUUUUCAUACUUUAACAUAAACGGUCCACAUUAUAUUCCAUAUAUAUACAUAACCUAAGCUUUUUUUUUAUUUAGCAACCCAAACAGUCUUACUACAAGUUUCAUUUUUUUUCUUUGACAAUCAUAACAAUUUUUUGAUUCAUUCAUACUUAUCAUCGAACGCAAUUUGGGUUGUGUUUUUGAUUUGAUAACGACGAAGAAAAAGAGGUGUAACAAGUUUUAUUCUUGGCUAUAAUUUGGUGUUAUUAAGGAAGUAUGGAUGGGGCGGAUAUGGCUAAGUUUGGUGGGAGUUUACGACGAAAUGGUUCGGUGUGGAGGAGCCAAAUGUCGGACGCAGUGUUUUCGCAAUCGACGAGGGAGGAGGAUGAUGAAGAGGCUCUAAAAUGGGCUGCUCUUGAGAAACUUCCUACGUAUGAUCGUCUAAGGAAAGGUAUAUUGACGGCGUCUCAUGGUGUUGGUAAUGAGAUUGAUAUUCAAGCUCUUGGGUUUAAUGACAAAAAGAGUCUUGUUCAAAGGUUGAUUAAUGUUACUGAGGAAGAUAAUGAGAAGUUCUUGUUAAAACUCAAGAACAGAAUUGAAAGGGUUGGGAUUGAUAUACCAACAAUUGAAGUGAGAUAUCAGAAUCUAAAUAUUGAAGCAGAAGUAUAUGUUGGAAGUAGAGCUUUACCAUCAUUUGUUAAUUUUUUGACAAAUAUUGUUGAGAGUGCUUUGAACUACUUGCAUCUACUUCCCAACCGAAAGAAGCAUUUAACUAUUCUUCAUGAUAUCAGUGGUAUUGUCAAGCCAAACAGGAUGACAUUACUUUUGGGUCCACCAAGUUCUGGGAAAACAUCUCUGCUUCUAGCUUUGGCAGGGAAGCUUGACAAAGAGCUUAAGGUUUCUGGGAGAGUAACAUACAAUGGACAUGACAUGAAUGAGUUUGUACCACAAAGAACAGCUGCUUACAUUAGCCAACAUGAUGUGCAUAUUGGUGAAAUGACUGUGAGAGAAACCUUUGCUUAUGCUGCUAGAUUCCAGGGUGUUGGAUAUCGAUAUGAAAUGUUAGCUGAGUUAUCUAGAAGGGAGAAAGAAGCUAACAUUAAGCCUGAUCGCGACAUUGAUCUUUUCAUGAAGGCCUCAGCAGUUGAAGGCGAAGAGGAAAAUGUCGUUACCGAUUAUAUCCUAAAGAUUUUAGGAUUAGAGAAUUGCGCUGAUACCAUGGUAGGAGAUGAGAUGAUAAGAGGUAUUUCUGGUGGACAAAGGAAGAGAGUUACAACUGGUGAAAUGUUAGUUGGUCCAGCUAAGGCAUUGUUUAUGGAUGAAAUAUCAACUGGUUUAGACAGUUCUACUACAUACCAAAUUGUGAACUCAAUCCGUCAAUCAGUCCAUAUUCUCAAUGGAACCGCGGUCAUAUCUCUUCUACAACCAGCACCUGAAACAUACAACCUUUUCGAUGAUAUCAUCCUUCUUUCGGAUGGUCUCAUUGUGUACCAAGGUCCUAGAGAACAUGUACUCGAGUUCUUUGAGUCCAUGGGGUUCAAGUGUCCGGACAGAAAAGGUGUUGCCGAUUUCUUGCAGGAAGUGACUUCUAAGAAAGAUCAGCAACAAUACUGGAUAAGAAGGAAUGAGCCUUACCGUUUUGUUCCAUCAAAGGAAUUCGCCGAGGCAUUCCAAUCUUUCCAUGUUGGACGGAAGAUUGCUCAAGAGCUAAGUGUCCCCUUUGAUAAGACUAAAAACCACCCGGCUGCUCUAACAACACACAAGUACGGUGUUGCACCAAUGGAAUACAUCAAAGCAAACAUGUCUAGAGAGUACUUAUUGAUGAAGAGGAACUCCUUUGUCUACAUCUUCAAGAUUUGUCAGCUUACUAUAAUGGCUAUCAUUGCAAUGACCUUGUUCUUCCGUACCAAGAUGCAUAGGAAAACCGUCACAGAUGGUGGCAUCUACACCGGUGCACUAUUUUUCUCGGUGGUGAUGAUUAUGUUUAAUGGUAUGGCAGAGAUGUCCAUGACAAUAGCAAAACUUCCGGUGUUCUACAAGCAACGAGACCUCCUCUUCUUCCCCGGGUGGGCUUAUGCCCUUCCUGGUUGGAUCCUUAAGAUCCCUAUAACCAUCUUUGAAUGCGCGGUUUUUACCUUCAUCACAUACUAUGUCAUUGGAUUUGACCCUAGUGUUGCAAGGUUGUUCAAGCAUUACCUCAUAUUAAUCCUCGUAAAUCAGAUGGCUUCUGCUCUAUUUAGAGCCAUUGGAUCAAUAGGGAGAAAUAUGAUUGUCGCGAAUACAUUUGGAGCGUUUUGUUUGCUAGCACUUUUUGCCUUAGGAGGAUUCGUUCUCUCACGAAACGAUGUCAAGCCAUGGUGGAUAUGGGGUUACUGGUCUUCACCUAUGAUGUAUGCUCAGAAUGCUAUACUUGUCAACGAGUUCCUUGGAAGUAAAUGGAAUAAAAUUCCUGCAGGGAAAACUGUAACACUUGGUGUCGAGGUCCUAACAGGACGAGGCUUUUUUCCAUAUGCGUACUGGUAUUGGAUCGGUGCAGCAGCAUUAGUCGGAUUUGUCCUUGUUUUCAAUGUCCUCACCAUUUUUGCUCUCACUUUUCUCAACCCAUUUGGAAAAGCUCAAGCAGUUCCGGACGAUGAAGAUGAAAAGAAGAACAAUAGAAGUGGUGGUGCUUUGGAGAUGACUUCCGGAAGGGCCUCUCAAGAAAAUGGAAAUGAAAUCGUUGUUGAAGCACCAGUGAAAAGGGGAAUGGUCCUUCCCUUCGAACAACAUUCCAUUACAUUUGAUGAAAUUCGAUAUUCAGUUGACAUGCCUCAGGAAAUGAAAGAACAAGGUGUGGUUGAAGAUAAAUUGGAACUUCUAAAAGGAGUUAGUGGAGCUUUCAGGCCUGGUGUUCUGACGGCUCUCAUGGGAGUUAGUGGUGCUGGAAAGACCACUCUUAUGGAUGUUCUUGCCGGUAGGAAGACUGGAGGAUACAUCGAUGGAGAUAUUAAGAUUUCAGGUUACCCGAAGAAGCAAGAAACUUUUGCUAGAAUUUCAGGAUACUGUGAGCAAAAUGAUAUCCACUCUCCCCAUGUCACUAUCCAUGAAUCUUUGCUGUACUCAGCUUGGCUUCGUUUGUCACCUGAUGUGGAUGUUAAAAAAAGAGAGAUGUUUGUGGAAGAGGUGAUGGAGUUGGUUGAGUUAACCACAUUAAGGGGGGCACUUAUUGGGCUACCGGGUGUGAGUGGUCUCUCAACAGAACAACGAAAGAGACUUACAAUUGCAGUUGAGCUAGUUGCAAACCCCUCUAUCAUCUUCAUGGAUGAGCCAACUUCAGGGCUUGAUGCUAGAGCUGCUGCUAUUGUGAUGAGGACUGUCAGAAACACAGUCGAUACAGGAAGAACUGUGGUUUGUACCAUUCAUCAACCUAGCAUUGAUAUCUUUGAGGCUUUUGAUGAGCUAUUCUUGAUGAGAAGAGGAGGUGAAGAAAUAUAUGUUGGACCCUUGGGACAUCAUUCUUCUGAACUAAUCAAGUACUUUGAGAGUAUCCAAGGAGUACCGAAAAUCACAGAUGGUUACAAUCCUGCGACAUGGAUGUUGGAGGUCUCAACUCCAGCACAAGAGGUAGCACUUGGAUUAGAUUUUACAGAACAUUACAGGAAUUCAGACCUAUACAGGAGAAACAAAGCAGUGAUUCAAGAGUUGGGAACGCCUCGACCUGGUUCACAGGACCUCUAUUUCCCUACUAUAUACUCCCAAUCAUUCUUCUCACAGGUUAUGGCUUGUUUGUGGAAACAACGCCUGUCCUACUGGCGUAAUACUCCUUACACUGCUGUCAGAUUUGUCUUUACCGUGGCUAUUGCUCUGACAUUCGGAACUAUCUUCUGGCAACUUGGAGGCAAAACGAGUAAACAACAAUAUCUAAUCAAUGCCAUGGGUUCGAUGUAUGCUUCUACCCUGUUUCUUGGAGUGCAAAAUGCAUCAUCUGUCCAACCUGUAGUGUCUAUUGAAAGAAGUGUCUUUUAUAGAGAAAAGGCAGCAGGAAUGUACUCAGCUUUGCCUUAUGCUUUCGCUCAGGCGUUGGUUGAGAUACCAUACGUCUUUAUGCAAGCAGCAACAUAUGGUAUCAUAGUGUAUGCUAUGAUCGGGUUUGAUUGGACCGCUGCCAAGUUUUUCUGGUACUUGUUCUUCAUGUUCUUCACUCUCCUAUACUUCACAUUCUACGGCAUGAUGGCUGUGGCAAUCACACCAAACCAUCACGUUGCUGCUAUCGUUGCUGCUGCUUUCUACGGAAUAUGGAACCUGUUCUCUGGAUUCAUUGUCCCCAAACCAAGAAUUCCUGUAUGGUGGAGAUGGUACUACUACCUUUGCCCAUUGUCUUGGACAUUGUAUGGAUUAGUAGCAUCACAAUUUGGAGACGUAACGGAUAGAGUCACAGAUAGCAUCUUUGAUCCGCCUACAGUGCAAAGAUAUAUCGAAGGCUACUUUGAUUUCAAGCAUGACUUCCUAGGGGGUGUCGCGGGGAUUGUCAUUGCCUUCACCAUCCUCUUUGCAACCAUCUUUGCUUUCGCCGUCAAGAACUUCAACUUCCAAAAGCGAUGAUAUAACCAUUUUGAAACAUACUUGAAUUGCCAUUUAAGGCAUAACUCUACAAGUAUACAUAAAUUUUUGUUAUUUUUGUUAAUUUUGUUAUUUUACUUAAUUUUGUACUAUAACAGAUUCUUUUCUUUUAGAUUUUAUGAGAUAAACGAUCGUAUAUAUGUAACAUGUAUAAUAGUAUAUAGCCAAGCAUUACAAUAAGAAUAAAGAUCUUAGUUCAAAUUUGAGUA